CGUUAAUCGAAGGUCAACCUUCUCUGGUCAACGGUUUGUGACGUCGUCGGUGGACGACCCCGAGCCACGCCGCCAGCGCGGGACGUUUUAGUGAGCGGUACUCUCUCCGCGUUUGGUCAGUUGGUUUGGUGGCAGCGAGCAGCGAAGAACAGUUCUAGGCGGUAAUCUGUGUGUUUAGUGAGUGGUGUGUGAAAGAAGUUCGGUUUGCGGAUAUUUCAGCAACAAUGGCUCUGAGCCGAAUCUAUUCGUCAAAAUUGGCCAGUGCCAACAAGAACCUCCUGCCGGUGAUCACCUACGUGCGCAAUGCAUCCGACAGCACCGACCUGAAGGCCGUACUCUCCGAGAAGAUCCCCAAGGAGCAGGAACGCGUCAAAAACUUCCGCAAGCAGCAUGGUGCCACCAAGGUUGGCGAAGUCACCGUCGAUAUGAUGUACGGUGGCAUGCGUGGCAUCAAGGGUCUGGUGUGCGAAACCUCGGUUCUGGACCCCGAUGAGGGCAUCCGAUUCCGUGGACUGUCCAUUCCCGAGUGCCAGAAGGUGCUCCCGAAAGCACCAGGUGGCGCUGAACCAUUGCCCGAGGGUCUGUUCUGGCUGUUGAUCACCGGUGAUGUCCCGACCAAGGCUCAGGUCGAUGCCCUGUCCCGCGAGUGGGCCAACCGUGCUGCCCUCCCAUCGCACGUCGUCACAAUGUUGAACAACAUGCCCACGACGUUGCACCCCAUGUCGCAGCUGAGCUGCGCCGUCACUGCCCUCAACCACGAGAGCAAGUACGCCAAGGCCUACUCGGAGGGUGUGCACAAGAGCAAGUACUGGGAAUACGUCUAUGAGGACAGCAUGGAUCUGAUUGCCAAACUGCCAGUCGUUGCUGCUACCAUCUACCGCAACACGUACCGCGAUGGCAAGGGUAUCGGUGCCAUCGACCCCAAGAAGGAUUGGUCCGCCAACUUCACCAAGAUGUUGGGCUACGAGGACGAACAGUUCACCGAGCUGAUGCGCCUGUACCUGACCAUCCACAGUGACCACGAGGGUGGCAACGUGUCGGCCCACACCGUGCAUCUGGUUGGCUCUGCUCUGAGCGACCCAUACCUGUCGUUUGCUGCCGGUAUGAACGGACUGGCUGGUCCACUCCACGGUCUCGCCAACCAGGAAGUAUUAGUGUGGCUGCAGAAGCUGCGCAAGGAGCUCGGCGACAAUGCCAGCGAAGACAAGGUCAAGGACUUCAUCUGGAAGACACUCAAAUCGGGACAGGUCGUUCCUGGCUACGGCCAUGCUGUCCUGCGUAAGACCGAUCCUCGCUACACUUGCCAGCGCGAGUUUGCCCUGAAGCACCUGCCGAACGAUCCCCUGUUCCAGCUGGUGUCCAACAUCUACAAGGUUGUGCCCCCAAUCCUGACCGAACUCGGCAAGGUCAAGAACCCAUGGCCCAACGUAGAUGCCCACUCCGGUGUCCUGCUGCAGUACUACGGACUGAAGGAGAUGAACUACUACACCGUGCUGUUCGGCGUGUCCCGUGCCCUUGGUGUGUUGGCCUCGCUCGUUUGGGACCGCGCCCUCGGACUGCCAAUCGAACGCCCGAAAUCCAUGUCCACCGAUGGACUGAUGAAGUCGGUCGGUGCCAAGUAAAUCGGCUUCUUCAUCAACAACCAACAUCAUCCUCCAGUCGAACUCAAACGCAAACCGAUCCCGUUUUCUUCGAAGAAGAACCAUGUAGAGAGGCCAUGAACCAGCGAAUUACCGCUCAAAGGAGAAUGCAAUACACGCAGAAAGACAGUGCUUGGCAUCUCGUUCAAGAGAAUGUCGCUAUGCGCAGCUGGCAGAGAAAGUGAACCAUUAAAAAUAACCAAAUCUUCAACUUAUGUUCCCUCAAAAAAAUCAAUUUACUUGCGCCAUCGUCCUUAAUUUCGGGUUUUCUUGACUUUUGAUACGUACGGGAAAAUCGAAACCCAAACCGUCACGCAUAUACAUUUGUAAUAAUUGUAUGAUUUUAAUUAAGAUGUUAAGAGCAUUAGUAACUUAAUUAGUGUUAGGAAUACAAGCGAUAAAGCGCAAAGCUUUGCUCAUUUUCGGGCGUCGACCAUAAAAGUCAAGGCUCCUCCCUUUCGUCUGUAUUCGACACUGUAAAAAUGGAUCAACACCAAAUAUUUCACAGCGGGGGAGCCUUACUUGUGCGGAAGGCGAAAGGAAAUAAAAUCUUUUAUUUAUUGUCUAUCAAGAAGCGACUAAUUUAAAUGAUGAUAAGUGAAACGAAAGCUUUCAAACUACAACGGCAAGAAAAAUAGUUGAAAAUACAAUAAAGAAGAAGACCAAAAUCAGAUGAAAAACUCUUGUUGUUAUUGCGUUUGUUGUAAUCAUCUCGGAACCCGUCAUACAAAGCAUACAUACCUAAAUGUAGUUGAAAAGUGCUACCUCAUAUUCAUCUUAUUCUCGAUUUAGGGUCCUCUAUACUGGUAGAAUGUCUGAUUAAAUGAUGCUCUGGCAUUGACUCCCUCGCAAAUCCAGUUCUGCCAUAUUUCCCAUGAACGCCUUUUAUGAUUUCCACCACUUCUCGCCAAAUGCUGCUUUAAAUCGACUUUGGAUGUUUGCGUGCAAUCUUCUCCGAAUAUAAAAAUGGAAAACACUCACCAAUAUCUGUUCCACACUAAACAUAAAUUACUAACGUUGGUGUUAAGAUUCUGGCGCUGGAAAACAAUUUACUGAAGCAUUACAAAUCAUUGGUAUAGGUUUGCCUUCGGUAAAACGUUAUCGAGAUUUGCCAAUUCUUCAAUAGACAAAAGUGAACUUUACAGAAGCUUUUUUUACCACCAAUAAUAAAAGGUUCGUGUGCUUCGUUCUUCGGCUGGCAGUCAAGCACGUGAUUGUGACUUAUUGCACUUUACAGCUUUUCAAAAGAGGCCCAUAAAAAGAAACACAAAAUAUCCAUCAGGGCACAGGUAUAAAUCAAACCCUAGAAGACAAACCAAUGAUAAUAAACUAGUAAGUAGUACAAGCGAAAUGUAACAAAAUAAAACCGAAGUCAAAGUUCAAUACCUUUAGUGAAAUACAAACCGUACUCUAGUAGCGUACUUAAAAUGCGAACCGAGAGAGGGACUCUUAGAGUGGUGGUUGGUAAGUGAUGUAAACCAAAACAGACGAUCCUUACGCGCGAGCAUUGCUCUAUUAUCACUGACUUUACGCGCUAAUACAUUAUUGAUUGAUUUUGCAACAAUUCAAAGAUAUUCUUUCCAGAGUUCAUACCAAUAGAUCCAUACGUAGUAAGGUUAAUUUGCCCUCAAAAAUAAAUGACUAACUGUUUUCUCGGUUCUUUGUGAAAGCAAUAUAGCAGCAGCUCUGCCGAUAGCAUGAUGUCACAGUAUGUGUUAAUUCGAUUGUUUUUUUUUCGAUUAUACGCAGCAGUAAAAUAACAUUAUCGAAAGUGAGAAUUAAUUUAUUGGAGUACAUGCAUUAAACGACGAAUUUGAGAAAGAAAA